AUGUGCCACUUUCAGGUCUCCUCACACUGCUGGUGUGUUCCAUUUUUUGUCAUAGGGUGCUGGCAGAUUACGGGCCUCCCAUAGCUGCUGCCAGGCCCCUAAUCUGCCAUGGGCCCCUAUACCGCCUCCUCUCAUGCUGCUGCCAGGUCCAGAGUCUCUCAUGGGUCCCUGUACGGCCUCCAUUGCUGCUGUCUCCAUCGCCACACUCUGCCAUGUGCCACUUUCAGGUCUCCUCACACUGCUGGUGGUUUCCAUUUUUGUCAUAGGGUGCUGUAUGGCUCUCCCAUUGCUGCUGCCUUCCACCGCCACACUGUGGCUCCACACUCUGGUUUUGGCCCCGUGACU